AUGGUUUGGGUUACCAGCGCCCUCAGAGACUUACACCAGGAAAAGUCCUGCACCUUCUUCCCUCUGAUUCAUAUUGUGGUGCUGAUUACAAAACCUCUGGUUCAGCAUUCUGUAGAUAUGAGUCAGCGUUCUCGAGCUUCCAGGGUGCGACAGCAUGUCCACUGUGACUCCUGCUACAGCCGGCGCUGCAGGGCUCGGGUGGAGGUCUCUGUGUGCUGUGCGGUCAUCCCCUGCCGUCUGCACUGUGGAGCUCUCUUCCAUCAUUGUAAAGAGGAGGAUCACCUGCUGCUCUGCCCUAAUGUGAGGGUGCCCUGCCUCAACGCUGAGUACGGCUGCCCGCUCCACCUGCCACGCUCCUCGCAGGCAGCUCACCUCCGGGUGUGUCCGGCCAGCGUAGUGUGUUGCUCCAUGGAGUGGAUCCGCUGGCCGACAGAUGAAACAAACCCACACGGCUACUUAGCCCUGCAGGAGAACGUGCUGAAGGAAAAUGAGGGGCACGUGGAGCCUCUAGAUCUUGCCAUGGCCCUGGUGGAUCAGGCAGACCUUUAUGACCGCCUGAAAAUGAAGACUAUCUUUCCAGAGCUGAUUGAAGAAGAAGAGGAGGAAAUUAAGGAUGAGAAGAAAGAGGACUCUGCAACAGGAGGGUCUGUCAAUGGUGUCACAUGCCAAGAAAACGGCUUGUAUGAGAAUAAUGUUGGCGAAGAGACUCUACAGAACAGAGGCUCAGGCAUCAACAAAGAGAAAUACGACCUGUGUGAGAUGAUGUUCGGCAUGGAGAAAGGCGGCUGUGCUGCUGCUCAGGCAAACCAAGACAAUCCCAAACCAAACCAGAAGCCUGGUGAGGAGGCCAAGGACACGGAUAAGACUGGUCAGGCCCCGUGGCAGGAGGGGGUGCUGGAGCGUCUGGGGAAGGAACUCACCCCGCAGGAGUACAACAUGUACGUAGUGCAUCAUGGGAGCAUGCUGCUCACCUUCGGAAAAAUCAAGGCCUGUACACCGAGGGAAGACGAUUUUGUGUAUGGCAGCCUGGAGCCCAUCCCAGUCCAAACCCUGCACUCUUUCAAGGUCCCUGUCAGCUAUCACUACAGCAGGCGACGCAUCCGUCACUAUGACACAUCUCGGCCUGCGGGCGAGCCUCGCAGUCUGGACACGUCCGACCUCGGCGCCAAGGAAGAGGACUGCUUCAGUGACGAAGCAGCAGCCACCCUGCUGCGCUUUGCUGAAAUGGAGGUCAGGGGUCACAAGAUCAGUGAGUUAAAUACAUCCGAUGGGCUUUACGUCGACAUGGCAACACAGACGCAUUCGUUUCGCGCGGCUCCGUUUAAUGCGAAGACAACCCUGGCUGAGGUGAUGGUAGACAGACCGCUGAAGCUUCAUCUUCAGCUGCAGUCAGAGCGGGUGAACAGCAGAAACACCAGAGCCAGCUGUGUCUUCACCUUCCUCUGCGGUCACACCUUCCACCGCAGGGAGUUCGCCACACAUUUCAGGAACGUCCACAGUGACAUCCAGACGAGUCUGAGUGGAUGGUUUGAGGAGAGAUGCCCCCUAUCUUACCUGGGAUGCACCUACAGCCAGAGGAGGUUUCAGCCCUCCACACAUAAAGCCAUCGUCUCCUAUGAUCAGCGGCUGAAGAGUUUCAACUUGCGUCCAACACCUGCAACCUCAGUAGGUGAUGAAUCCCAGCCGUCCAGGAGUUCUGUGGACUCCUCUACGGCUCAGAGGAAGAGAGGAUGUCGGGCAAGAGGCUGUGAGGACUCUCUGAGCUUGCUGCCCUAUGAGGUGCUGUGCCACAUGGCCAGUUUCCUGGACAGUCUGUCCCUGUCCCAGCUGGCUCUAGUGUCCCAGCUGAUGAGGCAGGUGUGCUCUUCUCUGCUGCAGGGGAGAGGGAUGGUCACCCUCCGCUGGGAGAAGAAGACCUACUCACACGGAGGAGCCAAGUGGAAGGCCAAACCUGUAUGGGAGUUCAGUCACCUCUUCACCUCAGUGGAUUCGUGGCAUAUGGCCGACAUCCCUCCAAUAUCUGCUCAUCUAAAAGUCUGUCCUUACUACGAGACCUCUCUGCGCAGUGAGCCUGUUCCCCUCCCAAGCAUGGGUGACAAACAGAAGUGCAGCCAAGAGAGGCUCAGCCUCGUCGACCAGUUUGCAAGAAACAGAUGUCAACAAUGA